UCUCCAGAACCUUUUUACAUUAUUCUGGGAUUAGAUUCACACGUGAGGCGCGAGGAUGGCGACUUUGAGGAAACAGUACGUGGUGGCCAGAGAUGUGUACUCUGAGGACAGCUUUGCUGAAGAUCAUGAGAAGAUCUACAGGGCGCACAAAACCAUCCUGGACCAUGUCAGAGAGUAUCUCAGUUGUGAUUCAAAACGUGCCAAGAAUGCAGUACUCUCUCUUCUGCCUAUCAUUGGCUGGCUGAGGAUCUACAGAGUGAGAGAGUGGCUGCUGGGUGAUGUGGUGUCUGGGAUCAGCACUGGAUUGGUGGCUAUCAUGCAAGGACUUGCUUUCUCUCUGCUGGCCUCGCUGCCUCCAAGCUAUGGACUUUACACAGCUUUCUUCCCCGUGCUCACGUACUUCUUCCUCGGUACUUCAAGACACAUAUCUGUAGGCUCCUUCCCAGUCCUUAGUCUGAUGGUCGGUGCCGUGGUGACCCGCCUCGUCCCGGAGGACGGACCACCAGCAAACAUCACAGGCUUUGAGGGUCUGACCCAGGACCAGCAGAGAGUCCUGGUGGCCUCCUCUGUGACUUUCCUCAUGGGGAUUUUCCAGCUUGCCAUGGGUGUUCUGCAGGUGGGCUUCAUCGUUGUCUACCUGUCAGACACUCUGGUGUCUGGCUUCACCACAGCAGCUGCCGUUCAGAUCCUUGUGUCUCAGCUCAAGUUUGUAUUGGGAUUAAAUGUCCCAGGCAUCAGCGGUCCUCUUUCUAUCAUAUAUACCCUGGAGAAGAUCUUUGUCCAGAUCACCUCUACCAACAUCUGUGACCUGGUGAUGUCCAUAGUGAUCAUGGUGGUGGUGUUCAUUGUGAAGGAGCUGAACGACAAAUACAAAGCCAAACUGCCAGUGCCCAUCCCCAUAGAGGUUAUCAUGACUAUCAUAGCUUGUGGGGUGUCCUACGGCUUCAACUUUGAGAAGAGAUAUGAUGUUAAUGUUGUUGGCAAAAUGGUUAGUGGGUAUGAGUCUCCCAUUGCACCCAAUAUGGAGGUGUUCCAGGAGAGUGCAGUUGAGGCCUUUCCCAUAGCCAUAGUGGGGUUUGCUGUUGCGUUCUCUGUGGCCAAAGUCUACUCUAUCAAACAUGAUUAUGCCAUUGAUGGCAACCAGGAGCUCAUCGCGUUUGGAGUUAGCAACAUAUUUGGUGCAAGCUGCAGGUCGUUUGCAGCCAGCACGGCACUCUCCAGAACAGCCGUGCAGGAGAGCUCAGGAGGCAAAACACAGAUUGCAGGGUUGAUCUCAGCCAUGAUGGCAAUGAUUGUAACUCUGGUACUUGGGUUCCUGCUAGAGCCGCUUCCCAGGUCUGUUCUGGGUGCCUUGGUGAUCGUCAACCUGAAGGGCAUGUUGAUGCAGUUCAGAGAAAUCCCAUACCUGUUGAGGAGGGACAAACUAGAAUGUGUGGUGUGGGUGGGAACGUGCCUGGGUGCCAUCCUGCUGGGCCUGGACCUCGGUCUGGCCGUGGGCUUGGGAGUGGAGCUGCUCACUGUUGUCAUCAGGACUCAGUUUCCCCGCUGUUCUGUCUUGGUUAACAUCCCUGGGACUGACAUCUACAGGGAUUGCAAAGAUUAUCUGCAUACAUCCGAAACAAAGGGAGUAAAAAUCUUCAGGAUACCGUCCCCCCUCUUCUUUGCCAACAUAGAGUUCUUCAGGGAAAAGCUUGAAGAAGCUGUCGGAUUUAACCCCUUGAGGAUUUUGAGGAAGAGGAACAAGGCCCUCAGGAAAAUCAAGAAACUAUUGCAGGAAAAGGAUGAUCACAUUACAGAGAGGGGUUUGGCAGAUUUGUUUUUCCAAACAAAUGAUGAGUCUUACAUGAACACGAAGGAGUUGGAUCUGCCCGCUGACCUCAAAGGUCUUCCUUUCCGGAUGGACUGGAAGGCAGAGCUUCCCGCUAACAUCAGUGUUCCCAGAGUGGAGCUCCACAGCCUGAUCCUGGACUUCUCUGCUGUCUCCUUCCUGGACGUGUCUGCUCUGAAGGGCCUCAAAAUGGCGCUCAAAGAGUUCAUCCGAAUCGAUGUGGAUGUUUACAUCGUGUCAUGUGAUGCGUACAUCCUGGAGAAACUACACACCUGUAUGUUCUUUGACGAUGAGAUCUUGACGUCCAUGUUCUUCCCGACCCUUCACGACACCAUGCUGCAUGUGUUUGAAAAACACGAGGGAGACAAAAGUAAAGGCUGGGUGUUAAUAGAUACCAAACUGUAGAAGAGCAACUGUCUCCAGGAAGAUCCAUUCACAAGGAAGAAUGUUCAUCUACAGACUACAAUGAAAUGCUGUUAACACUGAACCAUUUUUAAUCUUCCACUCACUAUACUGCCACGAUGCAAUGUUCUGUAUGUUUAGUGAGGAUUUAGUGAUUUCAUUAAAGAUGGUUCUGUAUUUGCUGUCACAGAAAUUGUUACAGUCUUAGCUUUUCUUAUUGAAAUUGUCUCUUUAAUAUGUCAUGGAUCAGUCUGUAAUGUCAGCUAAAAAUGCUAAAAAUCAAAGUGUUUGUACUUCUUUUUUUAA